AUGGCGAGGUUCCAGUUGGUCCCACUCAAAGUGAGCUGGACAGUAAUUUUGGCUCUGGCCCACUUCAUGUACCUGCUGGUCGGGGCGACCAUCUUCCAGAUACUGGAGCGAGAGGCAGAGAGUGAAAACCGAGACCACUUCCAAUUGGAGAAGUUGAAUUUCUUGUCUAAUUAUACCUGUCUGGAUGGAGCGGCCUUGGAGAAGUUUGUUAAGGUGAUUUUAGAUGCCUGGGAAAAGGGAGUGAAUCCCUCCGGCAACUCGACCAACCCCAGUAACUGGGAUUUCAGCAGCUCCUUCUUUUUUGCAGGCACAGUAGUCACAACUAUAGGCUAUGGCAAUCUGUCCCCCAGUACAGUGUCUGGUCAGGUGUUCUGUGUUUUUUAUGCACUGUGUGGGAUCCCAUUGAACCUGGCCUUCCUCAAACAGCUGAGCAAAUGUCUCACCAUCCACCUGGGUCGACUAGAGAGAGGGAUGGUCUCAGUAGUCCCACACAAGCAAGCAGUCGAAGUGUUGGCAGUGAGCUCGUUCCUCAUCACGGGCAGCCUGCUGUUUCUGGUCAUCCCUCCUCUGAUGUUCAGUUAUGUGGAAAGCUGGACGUUUGGCGAAGGCUUCUACUUCACCUUCAUUACCCUCAGCACCAUUGGUUUUGGAGAUUAUGUGGUGGGGACUGACCCAGAUAAGGAGUACAUCUCUCUGUACCGCAGCCUUGCAGGUAUAUGGGUAAUUUUUGCCUUGGCUUGGCUUGCUCUUAUCCUCAAUAUGGGAGCCAGAAUAAUGGAGCAUGUCAUUGGCCUUACUCACCCAGGCUUCAAGAAACAUGAGGAGGAAGAGGACGUUUCCAAGAUGAUGAUAAAAGAAAUGUUUAAUUUAGCCAAAGUUUCCUCCAUCCUCAUACUGGGGGUGUUUUACGUGACCUACGUGCUGAUCGGCGGCGUAGUUUUCUGGAAGUUGGAGGGACAUCUGGGGCAAAAGGACAUCAGUCAUUUACUUUUGAACAAAGAAAGGCUGCUCAAGACGUACACCUGUCUGAACCAAGAGGGCCUGGUGGCAGUGGCUCAGGUUGUUCAAGAUGCAUCAAAGGUGGGCCUGAGUUUGAAAGGAAACUACACAUCUGACGGCUUCUGGAAAUUCACCAGCUCAGCUGUGUUUGCGGCUACAGUGGUCACUACUAUAGGUUAUGGGAAUAUAAGUCCCCAAUCUACAGCUGGACAGAUCUUCUGCGUGUUCUUCGCACUAUUUGGCAUCCCACUCAACAUGCUAGUGCUCAACAGGGUGGGGAAGUACAUGCUUGUUUUAGAGAGGAACAUCUCUGACUUCCUUGAAGGGAAGACUGGGCGAAGGAAGUGUACCCGCUUCUUCGUCCAUCUGGUGUCUUACCUGACUGGAGCGGUUCUCUUCUUCGUCAUGCCCAUGAUCGUGUUCCAGCAGCAUGAGGGCUGGACCUUCUCUCAGGCCAUCUACUACUGCUUCAUCACCCUCAGCACCAUUGGCUUUGGAGACUUUGUGGCAGACAACAAUCCAGAGAAAAAAUACCCAGAGUGGUACAGCGUCCUCAUGGCCUCGUGGAUCUUCUUCGGCCUGGCUUGGCUCGCCCUCCUCAUCAACCACUCCAUCGACAUCCUGGAGCGACUCAACAGCCACUUCAAGCAGCGGUGGUCUGGACAGAAGGAAGAAGAGGAACAGCCUGAAAGCGCAAAAAGUGACAUCCCUGAAACACAGGUGGAGGAGGAGAUAAAGAAGCCACCGAUAACUCAGUAAACUACAAAAUAAGCAGGAGAUUGACCUAGUUAUAGAUGUAUCUGUGUGUAGAGCGGGAGCUGGGAAACUGGCAUAAAUUAUGAUGUGUGUGUGUGUGUGUGUGUGUGUGUGUGUGUGUGUGUGUGUGUGUGUGUGUGUGUGUGUGACAACUGUAAAUUCUGAGUGGAUGUGAUGAUUUAAUGUUUUCAAGCAAUGGUUUGUCAUGUUAAUCCCUCUCUCCUUCCUAAAAAUAAUACUGACUCAUUUUUGUUGAGUCAUGUUUGUUUGGCAGCGUGCAGCAUCUACAUGCUGUUUAGUGGAUUUCCCAAAUUGUAAACAAAUGACUUCUCAUUCCAACACUUGUUAUUCUACCUAGUAAAAAAAGGCCUUUGAGAUUAAAGUCUAUAAAAGGGUACUGGGUCAACACUUAUUUUACCCUAUGUGUGUGUCCAUGGGUUAGUUUGUGGU